AUGGAGAUAAAGAUGCCUCGUAAGAAGGGAUUUCGUAUGCGGCGCACACAAAGAUGCAUCAAAAAUGUUAGGGCUUCCACAUUAAGCGAUGAUACAUUGAUUGGAUGUUGUGUUGUGGCUGGAAUCAAACAUGUGAUUUCUCCUGUAUGUUCAUGGACACAGACAGAUAUUGAUGACAUAUAUGUAGAAGGCAGAAAACUAACACAAAAUGUAAUCAUGUCACGUCAGAAAAGAGAUUGUAAACAGAAAGAGUUGUGUAAGUUAAUUGAACAGCACGAUGUGUUUGGAAGGAAGUGGAAUGUAAAAAUUGGUUUACCAGUAUACAAAGAUUUUGAACUGCUGCAAGAGGAGACCGCACUGUAUGAAAUGCUGCAAGAAUAUUUGUUGAGGGAUGGAAUGUGUUUGCUAAACCUUCAGAGUGCAGUUAUUGCCAUUAUUCAUCACAACAAUUAUUUUGCAGUGGUUGAUUUCGGCAAACGUAAUAUGUUUGGGUUGGCUUCUGAUAUUGGUACGUCAGUGGUUGUUUUCAACACAUGUCUUAAUGAUCUUAUGGUUCAUAUCAAGAAUCUAAGGAAGUCUUUAGAUGCACAAUGGUAUGCUGUUAGUAGGAUUUCUGUAAAGACAUAUCACCAAGAUCAUGCUUGUGGUAGAGAGUUUCCAGACAGCGAAAUUGACAUCAAAGGUGAUAGUACUUCUGUCAGACUUGAAAACAGUGUAAGAGGAUCCUUUCAUCAGGGGAAUGAACAGUUUAAAUACAGAGGAGUUCAAUGUAUGGCAAUAGCUUUAGUAAGCCUAGCAAAACAUACAGUUGUUAGUGCAUUCUCGUGGCAGACUAAAGAUCUUGACAGAGUUGUUGUUUUAGGAGACAAGUUGUAUACAGCUUUGCGAGACACUAAUAAGAUUAGACACAAAUCCAAAUUGCUGGCAAUUCCUGAUUUGCCAAAAGAAUCAGUUAUUGAUGGAGAAAGUUUUUUGUUUGAAUAUGGUGAGUUUGUCAGUGGUGAUAUAGAUGUGGUUGAAGGUGAAUUAAUUGAGAAUGGUUUCUACAGCAGUCUUUCUGCUGGACUGGAAAAAAUGUUUGCACAGUAUGACUUAUGUCUUUUAACGUUGUGUAGUAGUACAUGUGCAAUCAUAUCUCACAAUGGACAGUAUGCUCUGAUUGACUCUCAUGCACGAAGUGGUCUUGGCAUGGUUGAUGGAAAUGGAAGAAGUGUUGUCCUAUAUUUUUCUUCUGUAAAAGAUUUGCACAAUCACAUUUGCCUUUUAGCUAAAGCGCUCAGCGAGAAUGAAAAACCUUUCGAAAUAACUGGUAUCUCUGCCACUAUUACAACUGUGAAACCUACACAGCACAAUGCAUCAGAAAUUAAAGAUGAGAAGCGUACAAAAAGUCAAACAUUAACAGAGAGCUGCAAAGACUCUAUCAAGACAUUUGAAAAGCAAAAAAGAUAUGAUGUUACUGAAGUUAAUUCAGAUGUUGAAUUUGUUAGUGAUGUAAAAAAUAACAACAUGAUGUUUAGUCCUAUUUGUAAACAGGUUUGUCAAGCUUUGUGUACUCAUUUAAAUGUGGAAUACGAAAAAGUUAAUGUUCCAAUAUUGACACACGUUGGUUUGUUAGGGGUUCCAUGCAAAAAUGAGAAAAUAAUUGCUGAUGGAAGCUGUUUCUUCCGAGCCAUCUCUCAAGCUGUCAGUGGUACACAAAAGUAUCACAGAAAAAUACGACUAGUUGUUGUGAAACAUUUGGAAAAGAAUGCUGAAAAAUAUCAAAACAUUUUGAGAAGAGAGUAUUCUUCAGUAUCAGAGUACAUUAACAAAUCUAGAAUGAGAUAUGUUAAUAGCUGGGCGACAGAAGUUGAAAUACAAGCAACAGCUGAUUAUUUAGGAAUUGAUAUUUUUACAUUUUAUGAUGGCCGUUGGUUAAAAUACAGGUGCAACGAUAAGUUUUUGUCAAAACAAAGCAUCUACUUAGAAAAUUGCAAUGGAAAUCAUUAUGAGACUGUAGUUUGUGUUAAUAAGCCGGAACUACAGAGUUGUUAUGGCUACUGCAAAAUCAGUGCAUCUUUGAUUGAAGGGUGUGAUAUUAGAGCAAACUCUAAGAAUGUAAAGAAUGUUACUGAACAACAGCAUCAUAGUAUGCUAAAAACAAUGCACAAUGACACAUCUUGUGAAGAAAGAAUGGUUAGAGAUCGAGAAGUUAAAGUUGUGGAAAAUGAAGCUGAAAUGACAUUCACAUAUAGACCUCUAUCUAUGGAAGUUGCACAAACAUUAUGCAAAAAAAAUAAUUUAAAUUUUGAAAGAGAAAACAUACAAGGACCUACUGUUUAUGGAUCUUUAGGUGCUGUUUGUAAGACAGAUAAAGUUGUAAAGGAUAACAAUAGCUUUUUUAGAGCAAUAGCACAAGUAAUUAGCGGGUGUGAAAAAAAUCAUCGGAAAAUAAGACUUGCUGUUGUUAAAUAUAUGAAAAAUCACAGUGAAGAACACAUGAAGUUAAUAGAUAAAGAAUUUGCUUCUUUCUCAGAAUAUAUUUCAAAGUCACAGAUGCAAUAUGUUGGAUAUUGUGCUUCAGAAAUAGAAUUUCAAGGAACAGCAAAUACUUUAGGAGUGGAUCUAUAUAUAUGUAAUGGGGGAAAAUGGGUAAAAUAUAGUUGCAUGAGUACUGUGGUGGAAAAUGAUGGAAUUUAUUUAAAACAUUGUGAGAAUAAUCAUUUUGAACCAGUAAUUUGUGUGCAGCAUGUUGAUAAGAACAUUUGCUUUAAUUUGUGCAAAGUGGGUAAAUUGCCUGAGAUAAAGUAUAUGUGUAGAAAGAAUUCAAAAAGAGAGACUGAAGUUACUGCAAAUACUUCUUUUUCAAAAAGCAAUUAUUGUUUUUCUAAGUACUAUAAAAGCAAAUUGACCUUACAAAAAAACAUUAAAUAUCAGGAAAAUUUGUUGUAUAAGGAAAAAAAAAAGGUAUUGUCCAAAACUAAGUAUCAUGUAGAUAUGUUGUAUCAGGAUGAGAAAAAGUAUGCUUUUAAUAGGAAGUAUCAAAACGAUGAGUUGUACAAGGAAAUGAAAAAGGAAAGGAGCAAAAUUAAGUAUCGAGAUAACCUGUUACACAAGAAAAAGGUAAAGGACAUGAGCAAAAUGAAGUAUCGAGAUAACCUUUCACACAAGAAAAAGGUAAAGGGCAUGAGCAAAAUGAAGUAUCGAGAUAACCUUUCACACAAGAAAAGGGUAAAAGAAAUGAGUAAAAGAAAAUAUAGGUUAAAUCACUUGCACAGACAGAAAGUUAAGGCUAUUAGUAGAAGAAAGUAUCGUGAAAACCCUGAGCAUAAGAAACGUGUUAAAGCAGGUAUGAAAUUGAAAAGGCAACGAAUUAACAUAAAAGCAGAACAGUUUGAUUUUGUCAUGCAGCGUUUUUUGGAUUUGGUAAAAGAUGGACCAGAUUUUGUGUGUUGUGUUUGCCAAAGAUUGUUGUUUAGACAUCAGGUUUUAAAUUGUAAUAGAGAUUAUUAUAACAGAAAAACAUUAACUUUGAUUUUUGAUAAAUGUGUUACUGAAGAAUAUUUACACAAAUGUGAUGAAACCUGUGUUAUGCCAUGUCAGUGGCUGGAUACACCCAGGAGCAAGCUGUGGAUUUGUUAUACAUGCCAUUAUAAGAUUAACAAAGGUGAAAUACCACCUGAGUGUGCAUCAAAUAAUUUGAAAGUUCUUCCUAUUCCACCAGAAUUGUCAUGUUUGAAUAACAUAGAGCAACAUUUGAUAGCAUUGCAUAUACCGUUUAUGAAAAUGCUAGCAUUACCUAAAGGAGGGCAAAAUGGCGUACAUGGACCCGUAACCUGCGUACCAGCAAAUAUUGUGCAAACUUCUAAUUUGUUGCCUCUUGCUAGUAUGGAAGGAUCUUUGUUGCCUGUAAAACUGAAGCGCAAGUUAACUUAUAAAGGCCAUUAUAAAUAUCAGUUUGUUGAUACUAUGCACAUAAGAAAAGCAUUAAAAUGUUUAAAACAGAUUAAUGUGCAUUACAAGGAUGUGGACUUUAAUGAAGUUUGGCUAAACGAGUUUUGUAGAGAACAAGAUAAUGACAUUUUAGAAAAGGAGAGAGAUGGACAUGCAGAAACUGGUGAAGCAUCUGUAGACGUUGGUGAAGAUGAACUUUUACAUGACAGACAGCAACAUUGCAUGUUUCAAGACACAUGUCUCAUGCCUGUUGACAUUGGUCAGGAAGCGCUAGAUCAGUAUUUUGAUGAUAUAAUGAAUCUGGCACCAGCAGAAGGGAAUAAUCCAGUCAAGUUGCUUUCUGAUUUUGCAAAUGAAGCAAAAUGCUUCCCAGUGUUAUUUCCACAGGGAUGUAAUACAUACCAUGAAUAUCGGAAAAAUCGUUUGACGUUGUCAAGGUAUUUUAACAAUCGAAUUUUACAUGCUGAUGGUAGGUUUGCACAAAAUGUUGAAUAUAUAUUUUUUGCUCAGUACAUGUCUGAAAUUGAACAGGUUGUGUCAAAUGUAUCAAUUGCAUUGCGCAAAGGAAAAAGUGGUUCUGUGUCUCAAAAAGUUAACGAUAAUGUAUUGAAAAAUGAAGAGUCUUUAAAGAAACUGCUGGAAUUUGACGAUGGAUUUCGAUUCCUUAAACCUAUUCGUGGUACCCCAGCUUUUUGGCAGACAGCACAACGUGACCUACUAGCUUGUGUACGUCAGCUUGGUAUCCCUACUUGGUUUUGUUCAUUUUCUUCUGCAGACAUGAGAUGGAACAAUCUUCUUUUUAGUAUUUUGAAACAGGAAGGGAGAACACAGACAGUUGAAGAAUUACAAUGGGCAGACAGGUGUGAGCUAUUGCGACGUAAUCCUGUCACUGCAGCCAGAAUGUUUGACUUUAGGUGGCAUUGUUUUUUAAGGGAGGUACUUAUGUCUUCAUCCCAUCCAAUAGGUAAAAUAAAGGAUUAUUUUUAUCGUGUUGAAUUUCAGCAACGUGGUUCACCCCAUGUCCAUUGCUUGUUUUGGAUUGAGAAUGCUCCAGUAAUUGAUAAAAACACAGAUGAAGAGGUUAUUGAAUUUAUUGAUAAAUAUGUAACAUGUGAAUUACCAUCACAGGAUGAUUCAUUAUUGGACAUUGUUACAUCUGUGCAGAAGCAUUCAAAACGACAUUCCAAAACUUGUAAAAAGAAAAAAACUGUUUGCCGUUUUAAUUUUCCCAGGCCAGUAUCUACUCAAACAUUUAUAUGUCGUGGUAAAAAUGAUACAACAAAACCAUGUAAGUGUCAGGUAGAUAUUAUUGAUAAUGUAACUAAAGAAUGUGCUUGUCUAGAUCAAGGUCUGACAGGUUUUAAAAUGAACAGGGAAAAAGCUGGUGAGAUUUUGUCAGCCAUGAAAAAGGCUCUUUCAGAUGAAAAUUGCAUUUAUAACAGUGUGGAACAUUUGUUUAGACAUUUAGGUAUAAAUCAAUCAAUGUUUGAGCUUGCAUAUAAAUCCUUUACUCGAAAUACGCAAGUUGUACUGAAAAGACAGGUCAAUGAGGUUUGGGUCAAUCAAUAUAGCAAGCCGCUGUUAAAAUGCUGGAAUGCAAAUUUAGACAUCCAGUAUGUUGUUGAUGCAUAUGCAUGUGUGGUCUAUAUAAUUUCUUAUAUAUCGAAGUCAGAAAGGGAGAUAGGGUUGUUGUUAAGUAAUACACAAAGAGAAGCACGUAAAGAGGGAAAUGUUAGUGCAAAAGAGGCACUGAAAAAUCUAGGGAGUGUUUAUUUACAUAACAGAGAUGUAUGUGCUCAAGAAUCUGUGUAUAGGUUAACAAAUAUGCAUCUAAAGGAGUGUUCAAGAAAAGUUGUGUUUGUGCCAACAGGAGACAAUGUCAUCAAAAUGAGUCUACCUUUAAAUGUGUUGAGGCAAAAAGCAACAUCAAACAACCUUAGCACAGAAAACAUGUGGAUGACUAGUAUUGUAGAUCGCUAUAAAAACAGACCAAAUGAUUUAACCGAUUUGUGUUUGGCAACAUUUGCAUCAGAAUAUCGUAUUUUAAGUAAAAAUGAAAAAUCUCAGAAUCCUCUUCGGUUAAAUAAUGGUUAUGGCUUUAUCACAAAAAGAACACGAACAAAACCAGGAGUUGUCCGUUAUGUGCGCUUUUCUGAGGAAAAAAAUCCAGAACAAUUUUAUCAAAGUAUUCUGCAGUUGUUUUUACCAUACCAAGCAGAUAUGCAGCUAAAACCUCCUAAUUGUGAAACAUUUGAACAGUUCUAUAAGAAUGGUCAUGUGACAUUUAAUGAUGGCUCUAGACAUUCAGUCAAGUCAGUUGUCGAUUUAAAUAGAAGGAACUUUGAAAUGGAGGCAGAUGAGUUAGAUAAUAUCCAACAAGCAAUUGACAGUAAUGGUGCAAUAGAAGAUGGCUGGUGUGACCUGUGCCCAGAGCAGGAGUUAGAGCGUUUAAUUUGUGCAGAUGAAAUGAAAGAGAAUAAUCAGCAAGUGGAAGAACAAGAAAGAAAUAUUCCAGAUUUAACUGCAAGUAAUGAAAAAGUUGCACACUUGGAGAAGAAAAAUAAUAUAAUGUGUAGAAGUGAUGGUUUGACCUUAAUUAGAUCUUUGAAUGAUACACAGUUAUCUAUUUUUUAUCAGAUUCGUCAAUGGUGCUUAGAUAAGAUAAUGGGGAAAAAUCCAAGUCCAUUACAUAUAUUUAUUACUGGUGGUGCUGGGACAGGAAAAAGCCAUUUAAUAAAAGCUAUACAAUACGAAGCAAUGAGGUUACUAUCAACAGUGUGUCGUGAUCCUGACAAUACUUGUGUUUUAUUAGCUGCUCCAACAGGAAUCGCAGCAUAUAAUCUGAAUUCAAGAACUCUCCAUAACACACUCAGCAUUGGAAAAGAUGUUCGCUUACCAUAUAUACCUCUGGGUGAAGAAAAGCUCAAUUGUUUGCGAGCUAAAUAUAUUGAUCUGCAAAUUUUUAUAAUUGAUGAAAUAUCCAUGGUUGAUCACAAUCUAUUUGCAUAUAUUCAUGGUAGGCUAAGACAGAUUAAACAAACGGGUGACUUUUCUCCCUUUGGAAAUGUAAGUAUAAUUGCUGUCGGAGAUUUCUUUCAGUUGCCUCCAGUUAAAGGGAAACCCCUGUAUGUUGAUGACGUACUAGGUAUUAACCUAUGGUCUAAGCUGUUUUCAGUUGUUGAAUUAAAAACCAUAGUUAGGCAAAAAGACAAUCAGUUUGCAGAGUUACUAAAUAGACUACGAAUUCGUUCAAAACUGACCCCAAUAUUAAACAGUGACAUAGAUUUAUUAAAAAAAUGUGAAACCGGUGAAGUCAGCUCAGCUUUACAUAUAUUUCCCACUAACAGACAAGUAAAUGAGCAUAAUGUGCAGGAACUAAUUAAAAUUUGCCCUGAAUAUGUUGAGAUAAAUGCUCAAGAUUUUGUACAUAAUAACAAAACAGGAAAACUUGAAUUGAAAAGUGGUCAACAUGCAAAAACAUAUAAUACUAGUCUAGAUGAAACACUGCUCUUAGGGAAAGGUGCUCGUGUAAUGUUGUGUAAAAAUGUAGAUGUAAUGGAUGGUCUGGUUAAUGGGGUGUGUGGCACAGUAACGCACAUAGUUUUUCAUAACAAUGAACACAAGUUCCCUCAAACCAUAUAUGUAAAAUUUGAUGAUAAUCAGGUUGGUGCACAAAGAAGAAAAUGUUGUGCAUAUGCUUCAGCAGUUGAAAUGGGUUCUACAGGUAUCAAACCAGAAGAGGAAAAAGUGAAUAAUAAAGGGGGGUUGCGACGACAAUUUCCACUUAAACUUGCUUGGGCUUGUACAGUACACAAAGUACAAGGAAUUACCGUUGAUAAAGCAGUAGUGUCCCUUAAAAAGAUAUUUUCACCUGGACAGGCAUAUGUGGCUUUAAGCCGCGUUAGAAGUUUAUCUGGUUUGAUUAUUCAAGACUUUGAAGAGAAGGCUAUAUAUUGUAAAGACAGCAUUAGUAAUGCAACUCAAAGCAUGCCCAGAUUUUUUGUUAGAAAUAUAUCAGACUACAAAGUGAAUACACAAACAUUUAAUGUAUUUCUGAUGAAUGUGCAAAAUUUAACACACCAUUUAGCAGACUUGGUUUUGCAUACUGACCGCUUGCAACCUAACUGCAUUGCUGUUACUGAAACAUGGCUGCCUGCAGAUAUAUCAUUAGAAACUAUACAUAUUGAUGGAUACAGUUUUCAUAGUCAAUCACGAAGUUUAUCUUACAGUACUAGUAACCCAACAUUAACUGAAUUACAAGCUCAACAACAUGGUGGUGUUGGCAUGUAUAGUUCAAACAGUUUGGCAUAUAAUGUUGUCCAGGUACCAAAUGUCAAUAUAGAAUGCUUAGUUUGCAAUUACACAGAACACAAUAUAUUAAUAGCUGUUAUUUAUCGGCCACCUUCAUAUCCUAUAUCUUUAUUUAAAAAAAAUCUAGACAAACUGUUUAAUUUUCUAGAACCCCUAAGUAAUACAAUUGCUGUCAUUGGAGAUUUUAAUGAUAAUAUUUUAAACUCUUCAACAAUCUGCAAGUUUAUAACAAACAGAGGCUUUGUUCAACAUGUCACACAAACCACAACAGAAAAGGGCACAUUAAUCGAUCAUGUAUAUGUAAAAACAACCCAUUAUACUAUAAAUUCAACAGUGAUUCCAACAUAUUUCAGUGACCACGAGGGUAUUUUUUGUUCUUUUACAUGCAAUACUAUUAACACUAAUAAGGAGGCAUUUUGCCAGUUGUAG